UUCUGAAAUCAAGUGAGAAUGUCGAAUAGAAGCGAUCCACGACUGACUACAGCGCUUAGAGCGUUUGGUGGCAUUAGUGAGGUGCCGGUUGUUAGUGCCGCUUUUGAUCUUGUUGCUAAGAGAAAGAAACGUCAAGAAAUCGAGAUGAAAGAGAAAAGAUGGAAGAAAUUAGUUGAAGUUUAUAGGAAGAUGUGUGGACAUGCGGAGUUUAAACAGGCUGACAAACUGUUGAAAGACCUUUGCCAACAGGCUGCAGAAAUUGUUGGCGAUAGUGUUUCUCCAGACGUUGUCCACAAUGCCGCCGCAUUUCUCUUCCAUCUCCUUCACAAGACGGACCACAUCACCAGAGAACAAUCCACAAGAAUCAAACAAACAUUCGGACCAUUUCCUGCCACCAAAGUCACACAAGCACAUUCAACAAUCCAAACCCUUUACAAACUCUUACCACCCAACUCUCUAUCAGACAUCGUAACCAAUGAAAACGACGAUCACUCGCUUACAGAAUUUGGCAGGAAAAUUAAAUUCUCGUUUGAAUCUGUGAGAAGGGAUCUGCUGAUGGAGAGAGAGGAAGUGGAUGUGGACGAGUUUGGAGGGAAUGAUGCUGUUAGAGACAGUCUGACGCCGAGUGCCGUGUCACAGGCAAUUCGGUUGUCGUUGGAGGGAAGAGACAGUAACGAGGAGAGUAAGUGGGAGAGUAGAGGGGAGAGUAAUGAGGAGAGUAGGGGGGAGAAGGAGAAGAAGUCAGAUGAGUUGCAGUUGCAGCGGAUUUGUUGGAGACAUUUUGGGAAGGAAGGCGUGAAUGGGGUGUCAGUGAGUGAGAUGCAGUCGGCGUUGUUUGAUGUGUUGAUCUCGUCGAAAGGAGAUGAUGCGAUACAGAAUGAGCUCUUUGACUUGGUUGGAUUCGACAAAUUUGAUCUCAUCCAAGAACUUUUGUCUCGACGUCAAGAAAUAAUCGAAGCAACAGUCAGCUCACCCUCGCUUGACCUCUCACCGCCACCACAACAACAUCAACUCACAAAACAUCAGCACAUGAAAACCCCACACAUUGCAUCACAAGUAACAAUACAAUCAGACCAAGAACGUCUCAUCAAGAAGCAACAGAGAAAGGAAGAACGACGGAUGGCGAAACGAGAACAGAAACAUGACGUAAACAUGGGUCAAGAGAAUCGCCUCCAAUCGCUUGGAUUUGACCCUGAAAGGCUGCGGAUUGAGAGAGAAAAUGCGUUGAUGAGAGCGUCGAAUGCGCCUUUGUUUUCUGGUAAGGUGAGGAUGCAGCCUCAUCCUGCAGAGAUCUACCCGCAUGUUUAUGAUGUGCAACUGAAGGCUCAACAGGAGAGUGCGUUUGUAGGAGGAGCAAAGCUUAUGCUUCCUCAAGAUGCCAAACGUACCCAAACUCGUGUGUUCGAAGAGGUAUACAUCCCACCAACCAGCUCACUCCCGCCAAACGAAACAAACAAACUAGUCAAAAUCUCCGAGCUCGACGAUCUACUCCAACUCGUCUUUCGUGGCAUGAAAAGCCUGAAUCGAAUUCAGUCGAUUGUCUAUCCCACUGCUUAUCAGACCAACGAGAAUCUGCUGGUUUCUGCUCCAACCGGAGCUGGGAAAACAAACAUUGCCAUGUUGGCUGUGAUGAGAGAACUCAAGCAACAUAUUCGGAAUAACGUGAUCAAGAAGGAUGAGUUUAAGAUUGUUUAUGUGGCUCCGAUGAAGGCGCUUGCUGCUGAGAUGGUGAGGACGUUUGGUCAGCGGUUGAUGCCGUUGGGCGUGGCUGUGAGGGAGUUGACGGGCGAUAUGCAGUUGACGAAGGCAGAGAUACAGAAAACACAGAUGCUUGUGACAACGCCGGAGAAGUGGGAUGUCGUGACGAGGAAAGGAACUGGAGAUGUGGCUCUUACUCUUGCUGUGAAGUUGCUUAUUAUCGAUGAAGUGCAUUUGCUUCAUGAAGAUAGAGGGUCUGUCAUAGAGAGUUUAGUGGCUCGAACGUUGAGACAGGUCGAGUCUCACCAGUCAAUGAUUCGUAUCAUUGGCUUAUCAGCCACUCUCCCCAACUACGUCGACAUCGCUCGAUUCCUCCACGUCAACCCAACCCUCGGACUCUUUUACUUCGACGGCCGUUUUCGUCCCGUUCCACUCGGACAAACAUUUAUUGGAUUGAAGUCACUCGGAGUCCUUCAAAGACUCGAAGACACGGAUCGUGUUUGUUACGAAAAAGUUCGUGAGCAAGUGAAUGACGGACAUCAAGUGAUCGUAUUUGUUCAUUCAAGAAACAGCACGGUGAAGACAGCGGAGGCUCUGAAAGAGUUGGCAUUGAAUGAGGGAGAUAUUUCUAUGUUUAUGCCUGAACAAGGGCCGGAGUUGGGAAGCGUCCAGAAGCAGGUGGCUCACUCUCGUAACAAACCACUAAAAGAACUAUUCCAGUAUGGCUUCAGCACUCACCACGCAGGCAUGCUCCGCAUGGAUCGCAAUCUUGUCGAAAAUCUCUUUGCUCGAGGCCACAUCAAGGUCCUCAUCUCUACAGCAACUCUUGCAUGGGGAGUCAACCUUCCAGCCCAUGCAGUGAUCAUCAAGGGCACUCAACUGUAUAAUGCAGAGAAGGGCACGUUUGUGGACUUGGGGAUUUUGGAUGUUUUGCAGAUUUUUGGGAGGGCUGGACGGCCUCAGUUUGAUGUGUCUGGUGAAGGAAUGAUUAUUACGACUCACGACAAGUUGUCGCUGUAUUUGUCGUUGUUGACGAGACAGCAGCCGAUUGAGAGCCAGUUCGUUAAUAAUUUGGCUGAUAAUUUGAAUGCGGAAAUUGCUCUUGGCUCUGUGAGCAACGUAGACGAGGCCGUUCAGUGGCUCACCUACACAUAUCUCUACCACAGAAUGAUUCUCAACCCUCUUGCUUAUGGCAUCAGCUAUGACACGAAGCAAAAAGAUCCCGAACUUGAGAAGUAUCGUGUGGAGUUGAUUGUGAGUACGGCUCGUAAACUGGACAAGGUGAGGAUGGUGAGAUUUGAUGAGAGAACGCAGUAUAUGCAUUCAACGGACUUGGGAAGAACGGCGAGUCAUUUCUAUAUCAAGUAUCCCAGUAUUGAGACAUUCAAUGAAAUGUUCAAGCCUCAGAUGACGGAGGCAGACGUGUUGGCCAUGGUUGCACAAUCGAACGAAUUUGAACAACUCAAGGUGAGAGAAGAGGAGAUCAAUGAGCUGACGGAUUUGAUGCAUGAGAGUUGUGUGAUGAUUGUGCGUGGCGGAGUGGAGAACGUGUACGGGAAAGUGAAUAUUUUGUUGCAAAGCUUCGUGUCACGGGCAGCGAUUGACACGUUCUCACUUGUGUCUGACAUGGCGUAUGUAUCACAGAAUGUUGCUCGUAUAAUACGUGCUCUCUUUGAGAUUGCUCUUCAUCGUGGAUGGCCAACAAUGGCGGGAAGGUUGAUGACUUUGUGUAAAACAGUUGAUAAGAGACUCUGGGGAUUUCAGAGUUCUUUGAGGCAAUUCUCUUUACUGUCACCAGAAAUUUUGAAUAAACUCGAAGCCGGGAAACUGACGGUGGAGAGAAUGAGAGAUAUGACAUCUGAGGAAAUUGGUCACAUGGUAAGACACGUUCGUAUGGGCAGUCGGAUAAAACAAUGUGUGAACCAGUUUCCAACUAUUUCAUUGGCUGCGAGCAUUCAGCCAAUCACACGGACCGUUCUGAUGGUUCGUCUCUCUAUUGAGCCACAGUUUGAGUGGAAUAAUCGUGUACAUGGUGCAACAAGUGAGCCGUGGUGGAUAUGGGUGGAAGACGUGGAGAACGACCAUCUCUAUCAUUCGGAAUUUUUCUUAUUGCAGAAGAAACACGUUGUGAACAACGAAGUUCAAACACUCGUAUUCACCAUUCCAAUCUUCGAGCCUCUCCCAUCUCAAUACAUCGUUCACGCAGUAUCCGACCGAUGGCUCGGAGCCGAGGCCAUCGUUGCUCUCUCGUUCCAACAUCUCAUUCUUCCCGACCGACAUCCACCUCAUACCAACCUCCUCAACUUGCAGCCGCUUGCCAUCAACGUGUUGAACGAUGAAAGGCUUGAGGGUUUGUAUAAGUUCACUCAUUUCAAUCCUGUGCAGACGCAGGUGUUUCAUACGUUGUAUCACACGGACGCAAACGUGUUGCUUGGAUCGCCGACGGGAAGUGGGAAGACGGUCGCUGCAGAACUUGCCAUUUUUAGGAUAUUUAGAGAGUAUCCAGGCAUGAAGGCCGUCUACAUUGCACCGCUAAAGGCACUCGUUCGAGAGAGAAUCAAAGACUGGAAAGUACGAAUACAGGAAACACUAGGAAAGAAAGUCAUCGAGUUAACUGGUGACGUCACUCCUGACAUGAAAGCGAUCGCCACUGCUGAUCUGAUCGUGACGACUCCCGAAAAAUGGGACGGAGUGUCUCGUAGCUGGCAGAAUCGUUCGUACGUUCAGGCCGUUGCUCUGCUUGUGAUUGACGAGAUUCACUUGUUGGGGGAUGAACGAGGACCUGUGCUGGAGGUGAUUGUGUCGAGGACAAACUUUAUAUCGUCGCACACCGAGAAACGUGUACGAGUCGUGGGAUUGUCGACGGCUUUGGCAAAUGCAAGAGACUUGGCGGAUUGGUUGGGAAUAAAGCAGGUUGGAUUGUUCAACUUUCGUCCAUCUGUUCGUCCUGUUCCCUUAGAAGUUCACAUUCAAGGUUUUCCAGGCAAACAUUAUUGUCCUCGAAUGGCGUCCAUGAACAAGCCAACGUUUGUUGCUAUUCGAACUCACUCACCAGCUAAACCAGUUCUUAUCUUUGUUUCAUCGAGACGACAGACUCGUGUAACAGCGUUGGAUCUGAUUUCGUACUUGGCUGCAUCAGACAAUCCAAAACAGUGGCUCCACAUGCCAGAGAAGGAGCUUGAUGGUUUGCUUCCAGUUGUGAAGGACAACAACUUGAAACUAACUCUUGCAUUUGGUAUUGGUCUGCACCAUGCUGGAUUACAUGAGGAUGACAGGAAAAUGACAGAAGAGCUCUUUGUCAAUCAGAAGAUUCAGAUUCUUGUUGCCACAUCCACAUUAGCCUGGGGAGUCAAUUUUCCUGCACAUUUGGUUGUGAUCAAAGGCACCGAAUACUUUGACGGGAAGACGCAUCGAUACGCUGACUUCCCAAUCACUGAUGUAUUACAGAUGAUGGGACGUGCCGGUCGGCCACAGUUUGAUGACAAGGGAACGGCGAUGGUGUUCGUACACGACGUCAAGAAGCAUUUCUAUAAGAAAUUUUUGUAUGAGCCGUUUCCUGUGGAAUCAAGCUUACUUGACGUUCUUCCUGAUCACUUGAACGCUGAAAUCGUUGCCGGAACAAUCACAAGCAAACAAGACUGCAUGGACUAUAUCACAUGGACAUACUUCUUCCGCCGACUUGUCAUGAACCCAAGUUAUUACCACUUGGAUGGCACUACACACGACGUUGUCAAUCAUUAUUUGUCCGAUUUGGUGCAGAAAGCGUUGUCACAGUUGGAGGAGUCACGAUGUGUUGAUAUCAACGAUGACGAGUGUGGAGUGGGGUGUACGACGUUGGGACGUAUUGCUUCGUAUUACUAUUUGUGUCAUAAGUCGGUGAAGACGUUUGACGAUCAUCUUCAUAGAGACUGCAGUCUGAAUGACUUGUUGAAGCUUCUCUCGGAUGCAUAUGAAUAUGAGCAAUUGCCUGUUCGCCACAAUGAAGACGAUAUGAACGAAUCUUUAGCAAAAUUGUUGCCUAUUGAUAUCAGUCAGCAGAGAUAUGAUGAUCCUCAUACGAAGGCUCAUCUCUUGUUUCAAGCACAUUUUUGUCGUGCUGAGUUGCCUGUUGCAGAUUAUUUGACAGACACAAAGUCAAUCUUAGAUCAAGCUAUUAGGAUACUGCAGGCAAUGAUCGACAUCGCUGCCAAUGAAGGAUGGUUAGCUACAGCAUUGCGUCUCAUGCAGCUAGUCCAAAUGGUCAUCCAAGGACGUUGGAUUCAUGACUCAUUGUUACUCACUCUACCUCAUGUGGAGCACCACCACUUGCCAUACUUUACAAGUCACAGUCCUCCAAUCGAUUGUCUCCCGGAGCUGUUUGCAGCUACAGAGAAGACUCCAUCUGUGUUGUACACACUCUUGGGCCGUGUUAUGGAUCGGCGGCAGAUCAGUGGGAUUGUUAGCGUUUUGUCUGGACUUCCUCAGUUGUCGGUCUCACUUUGUCUUCGAACAUCAAAUUCUUCAUCAUCCAGUGAAGGCGUUGAACGAUCAUCGAAAGUGAACAAUAUUGUGGUUGAUGUCACACAUGAUGUGAAGGGACCAGUUAGAGACUGGAUCCCCUUGUGUGUUGAUUCAGAGAUUGUUUUACGAGUCGAUCUACGUCGUUUGAAUCAAUCAGACAAGCCACAUUGCUUUGCACCUCGUUUUCCCAAGAUGAAAGAUGAAGGUUGGUGGCUCAUCAUCGGCGACAUCGAAGAACAAGAACUCGUCGUUCUCAAACGUGUUGGCUUCGUGAGACGCCAGGCAACAGCCAAUCUUUCAUUCUACACACCCGACACACCAGGCAGGAAGGUGUACACACUAUACGUGAUGAGCGACUGUUAUUUGGGUCUCGACCAGCAGUACGACAUUCACGUAGAAAUCAACGACACGUAGAACAUUGUACAAUCAGAAUCAGAA